GCUUGGUCCGAGGCCGUGGAGACAAUGCGGCCGGCUCGGCUCCGCGCGUCUCAGAAUGCGGGGCGCCUGCGCUCCCCGACCCCAACUUGACCGUCUCCCGGCUCGCCCAGCCCCCUCCCGGGGAAGGGGCGCCCCCUCGCUCCGGCGGCCGGAGAAGGAAGUCGGUCCGCGGCCGCAGAGCCCGGCAACUUGCGAGCCGGGAAAAGUUUGCGGCGCCUCAGCGGGGCGGCACGGCUUGGCCCGCCCCUCGCGUCCGCGGUCACCGCGGGUGACUUUCUCGACUCGUCGUCAGCCGGAGCCGCAGCGCGGCCGGCGGGGACUGCGAGGAGGGCCGGAGUCUGUCCGAGGGCUCCGGCACCCGGUGCUGCGGAUGUCAGGUGCCCCACUCAGCAUUUUCUCUUCUCAUGGAGCUUAUAGCAACAAAAGUUGA